AUGGAAUUACGUGUUGGCCAUAAAUAUCGUCUCGGACGAAAAAUUGGUUCAGGAUCAUUUGGUGAUAUUUAUUUAGGUACAAAUAUAGCAUCAAAUGAAGAAGUUGCUAUUAAACUUGAAAGUUCACGUACAAAACAUCCUCAAUUACAUAUUGAAUCUAAAAUUUAUCGUCUUAUGCAAGGUGGUGUUGGAAUACCAGUUAUUAAAUGGUGUGGUGCCGAAGGAGAUUAUAAUGUACUUGUUAUGGAUUUACUUGGACCAUCUUUAGAAGAUUUAUUUAAUUUUUGUUCAAGAAAAUUUUCACUUAAAACCGUACUUUUACUUGCUGAUCAAAUGGUCAGUCGUGUUGAUUUUAUUCAUUCGAAAAAUUUCAUUCAUCGAGAUAUUAAACCUGACAAUUUUUUAAUGGGUAUUGGUCGUAAAGGCAAUCUUGUGUAUAUCAUUGAUUUUGGUCUUGCAAAAAAAUAUCGUGAUGCACGUACACAUCAACAUAUACCCUAUCGAGAAAAUAAGAAUUUAACUGGCACAGCACGUUAUGCUUCAAUCAAUACACAUCUUGGCAUUGAACAAAGUCGUCGAGAUGAUAUGGAAUCUCUUGGCUAUGUACUUAUGUAUUUUAAUCGCGGUAGUCUUCCGUGGCAAGGUUUAAAAGCAGCAACAAAACGUCAAAAAUAUGAACGUAUAAGUGAAAAGAAAAUGUCAACACCAAUUGAAGAAUUAUGUAAAGGUUUUCCUGUUGAAUUUACAACUUAUUUGUCUUAUUGUCGUUCAUUACGUUUUGAUGAUAAACCAGAUUAUUCAUAUUUACGACAAUUAUUUCGUAAUGUAUUUCAUCGACAAGGUUUUACAUAUGAUUAUAUAUUCGAUUGGAAUAUGCUUAAAUUUAGCGGUCAACGCUUUGAUACGAACAGUGUUAAUGACGGCUCAGCCAAUAAAAUUGAAACUAAUGGAUAUAGUGCUAGUGGUAAUGCUCCACAACAAAUGUAUACUAGUACAAACAAUCAAGGUGUGUGUCGACGAACUUCUAAAGAUAUCCAUCAAAUACAACCACAACAAUCAACAUCGAAUAAUUCCAAACAACAAAUACCGAUUGGGACAGAUACAGGUCGAUCAUCAUCAGCGCGUGCUCCUAAAAAAUAA